GGCAUGGCUAACUACUACAAAGUGCUGGGAGUACAGUCAAGCGCCUCCCCGGAAGACAUCAAGAAGGCCUACCGCAAACUGGCCUUGCGCUGGCACCCCGACAAGAACCCCGACAACAAGGAGGAAGCUGAGAAGAAGUUCAAGCAGGUGUCAGAGGCCUAUGAGGUCCUGUCCGACUCCAAGAAGCGCUCUGUGUAUGACCGGGCUGGCUGUGACAGCUGGCGGGCUGGUGGUGGGGCCAGCACCCCCUACAACAGCCCCUUCGACACCGGCUACACCUUCCGGAACCCCGAGGACAUCUUCCGCGAGUUUUUUGGUGGCCUGGAUCCUUUCUCCUUUGACUUGUGGGACACCCCUUUCAACAAUGACCAUGCUGGCUGGGGCCACGGCUCGAGGGGCGCCUUCCAGGCUGGCUUUGGUGAGUUCCCGGCCUUCAUGGAGGCUUUCUCGGCCUUUGACACGCUGGGUCGUUGUGGGGGCGCCAGCCGCACCGCCUUCUCGUCUACCUCCCUCGGGGGCUCUGGCUCUGGCAGCUCGGGGUUCAAGUCGGUUAUGUCAUCCACCGAGAUGGUCAAUGGACACAAGGUCACCACCAAGCGCAUCGUGGAGAACGGGCAGGAGCGCGUGGAGGUGGAAGAGAAUGGGCAGCUUAAGUCGGUGAUCAUUAAUGGCAAGGAGCAGCUCAAACGGGUGGACAACAAGUAGGCAUGUCCACCCAGGCCCUGCU